AUCAAGCCACACUGCUGUCGGGCACUGGAGUGGACAGUCAGGACAAUAGAGGAGAAGCUGCUGUCGAGUGAAGGAGAAAGAGCUUAGAAAGAACAAGCGAGAGACUGACAGAAGAAUGUAAGGAAAAGUCAACAUUUACUGUAACGCCUAGAUGGAUGUGAAAGAGGAGACCUGUGAGGCUGCUGUGAAUAUCAUGGAGAAAAUGAUCAUAAAUGUUAAGGAGGAGGACUGUGAGUGGGAGCCUGUCCACCCUAAACAGGAGAGACUGGACAUUAAAGAGGAGGACUGUGAACUGGGGUCAAUGGGCAUUAAAGAAGAGGCUGAAGAGAUGUCUGUCUGGAUUGAGACGUACAAACGUAAAAGUAGAGACGGUGUCAAGGAAGAAGACCUUCAUGAUGGGUGUGAAGAAGGAGUGGUGGCCGAGUUAGUCUCUUCUCAAAGCAGAGUCUGUUCAUUUCCAGAGUCUUCUGUUGACAUGAAGUCUGAAUCAUUGCAGUUGGACUCAAAGAGAACUGAGGAAACUUCAUUUGUUAGACCGUGGGAAAAUCAGCCACCACCUACAAAGAAGUCUUCAGAAAGAGGCAGAUGUCACUGCUGUUCUGAAUGUGGAAAACGAUUCUCUCGCUGGAGUCAUCUUCAGAGGCACACUAGAAUUCACACAGGAGAAAAACCGUUUUACUGUAUUGAAUGUGGCAAAGGAUUUGCUCAGAAGAGUUCUCUGCAGAGCCACAAAGCAAUUCACACUGGAGAGAAGCUGUAUUGCUGUUUGGAAUGUGACAAACAAUUCAGUCAUGCUAGCAGUCUUCAGAACCACAAAACAAUGCACACUGGAGAAAAGCCUUAUUGCUGUUUGGAAUGUGGCAAAGAGUUUGCGCAAAAGGGCAUACUUGAGCAACACAAAAGAAUUCACACUCUAAAUAAGCCAUUUUGUUGUUCUGAAUGUGGAAAGCUAUUCUCUCGCAGAAGUACUCUUCAGUACCACAAAAGAAUUCAUACCGGAGAGAAGCCUUAUUGGUGUUUGGAAUGUGGCAAACAAUUCUCUCGCAGCAGUAGUCUUCAGAGCCACAAAAGAAUUCACACUGGGGAGAAGCCAUACUGCUGUAAUGAAUGUGGCAAACCCUUCUGUGACAGGCGUAGUCUUCACAGACACAAAAGAACUCACACCGGAGAAAAGCCUUAUUGCUGUUUGGAAUGUGGCAAACGAUUCACUCAAAGCACUAGCCUUCAGUGCCACAAAACAAUUCACACCGGAAAAAAGCCUUAUUGCUGUAAUGAAUGUGGCAAACAAUUUUUUUUCCAGACUAACCUUCAUAACCACAAAAAAAUUCAUACAGGAGUGAAGUCAUUUUGCUGUUCUGAAUGUGGCAUGCGAUAUGUGCAUAUGAAAAGUCUUAAGAGACACAUCAGAGUUCACAAAGGAGAGAAGGUGGAAGCCCCAAAGGUGUAAAUUGGUAACUCAGAAUGCUGAAGAACACAAUGAAGAGACUACAGACUACUGCAAGACAUGAGCUGGUCUAAGGAGAUGAUGAAAACAGAAACAGAUAUAUGCUUUUCACAGCAACAGAUAACCAAUAGAAUUUACAAAUAACAAGAGAAGGGUAAACAAAAGAAGGUCAUAUGUCAGACAAAAGACCAACUAUUGUUAAAUCUAUACCAAUAAAAGGCAAAGCCCUCACUGACUCACUCAUCACAAACUCUCCAACUUCCUGUGUAGGUAGAAGGCUGAAAUUUGGCAGGCUCAUUCCUUACAGCUUACUUACAAAAGUUAAGCAGGUUUCAUUUUGAAAUCCUACGCGUAACGGCCAUAAACCGAUGUAUGUACUUAUUUCGGUGGUAUGACACCACUGUUGGCUGCCAUAUUGAACUUUCCAAUGGUCUUUGUUACUUAUGGGCCCAUCUUCAAGAAAUUUGGUACGCGGGUUCCUAACGCUAACUGAAUCCUACUUACGUAUAUAUAUAUACGUCCAUAGCCUGCAGCUCAGUCACCGUGUGAGGCAGCGUUGCGUCCCCCAUCCCCACGCCUCCCACGUAGUUGGCUGCCUGCCUAUAUAAGGCUAUCCGUCACUUCAGUCUCUUCAUUCCCUUCCUUGGCCACGUUGUUCACGUCUCCCUGCUGAUAACUGCAGCCUUUUUAUUUAAUCCAUGGCUUCUUUGCUGUUUUAUUGUUCAUUUAUUACGAUUAUAGUUAUUGUGUAGGUAUUUUAGACUUAGUUUACAUUGUUCAGGUACCCAUUUCCUGUAUCGUUCCAACCAUACCCCCAAUAAACAUGUCUAUCGAGGUGAUCACCAUCGAUCAAAGAACUGUCACUUACCGAGUGGUUUCCAUGCCCGGAGAUGGCACCUGCCUUUUCCAUUCUCUAUGUUACAUAUUGCACGGCCAUAUCAGGCUCACUCUUGAUAUCCGGAGGAACAUUGUGUCUUAUGUAUUGAAUGACUGAGACAUGGUCAAGGUGUGGACUGAUGACGGUACAGGAGAUAAUUAUACUACACAGGAGUACUAUAAGAGUGAAAUGCUUAAGCCCUUCACCUAUGGUUCUGCAUGUGAGUUGAUGGCUGCCGCUGAAUUGUUCGAUUGUCGCUUUCAAGUGUACCGAAAAGGCCAAAUAUUUUACACCUUUGGACAACCACCAAUGCCUCUUACAAAGCCUUCUUCAAAAUGUUUACCCCAAUCCACGAAAUCUCCACAAAAAUGACAUGUCAUUGUUGAGGGAGAGAGAUAUCCUGACACCAAGAAAUGACUUGGCUACGACUAUAAACCACAUUUUACUUCAAAAACUACCUUCACAACCGAAAACAUAUCAGUCUGUGGAUUCAGUUGUAAAAGUGGAAGACGCGGUGCACGAUCCAGUAGAGUUUCUCCACACUCUGAAUCCUCCAGGCACUCCUGAGCAUAAUCUAAUUUUGAAGGUUGGGGCACCAAUAAUGUUACUGAGAAACUUACAGCCACCGAAACUUUGCAAUGGCAUGAGACUUCAGGUCACGUGUCUGCAAAAGAACCUAAUUGAGGCAACUAUUUCUCCUGGCAGUGGCUCAGGGGAAUUUUAAUUCCUCGGAUCCCCGUUAUACCCUCUGAUCUCCCAUUUCAAUGCAAACACCUCCAAUUUCCAGUAAGGCUCUGCUUUGCAAUGAAAAUUAAUAAGUCUCAUGGAGUGCUGCAAGAAGGGCCAACACCUGACUGUGGCAUGGACUAACUGUACAGUCUGUGAUCUUCGAAAUGCUCAAAUGUUUGGAAAUGUAUAAAAUCCACUCAAUCAACCUUCACCAAUGGCAAACCACCCUUCAGCUUUGUGAAAUGAUCAGACUCGACACACUUAACAAAAGGUUUGGGGCAGCCAUCCGUAUAAUAUCCCAGGCUGCAAUGCAUUUGAAAGUAAACACAGAUGUGCAUUUGAUGGAGGCCAAACAAGAACUGAGGAAUUGUUGUUAAGAUGGCGGCUUUACAUGCUAAGACCAGAAGUGAUGUGACAGAACAGGAAGUGACAUUCUUCUGGGCGCCAGAACAGGAAGUGAGGUUCUUCUACAUGCCGGAACAGAAAGUGACAUUCUUCUGGGUGCCGAAACCGGAAGGGAUGUCUUUAGGGAUGAGUCAGACAGGUUUUCUCAUUUUUGGUCUGCAGAGACAACAGAAGAAGGUUUAGGGCACCCCGCCACCCCCUGGCAUGGCAUGGAAUUUCCCUCACUUGGUCCAUACAGCUUCCUGCUACUCGCACAUGUGUGACAGCUGAUUCACAAUCCCUAACGUCAAAAAGAGAAGAACAAUAUCCCAGUUAGACUCGUUAUCACCACUCUGGUAGUGUAGUGAAUCAAAUCCUCUGAGCUUCUUCCUCAGUAACCUUGGUCACGGGUUCAAGAUCAGCAUCCAAAAUCGGCUGAAAUCUCACUUAAUCACUCACGUGUUCUUUAUGGAUGACUUAACAGUCUACAGCUCCAGCGCAUAGAUGGACAGCUGUGCUUGCUGAAAGAAUUUUUGAAGGGCGUCAGAUUGACGUUUGAGCUUAUCAGAUGUGUAAAAGCAACUUUCCAUAACUGAAAAUAUCAACCUUGGUUAAAAUUGUGCAAACAGAGGACUGGACCAAAGAAAAACUUGUAAGUACUAGGGAAUAAGGAGCAGAUCUAAACUAUAAGGCACUGUGACAAACUGUGGGCAAAGAGUCCAUGUGGAGAGCCGAUACAGGGAGAAAUAUGGCACCCUUCUUUCCCCAGCCUUAUGUAGAUCAGGAGCUUGACGCUUUGUGCGUGUCAUUUGUUGAUCUUGUAUUUUUGUGGAGACAUGUAAGUACUCUUUGUACUGAGAACACAUAAUAAACUUGAUUUAAAACUUGUACACUGUAUUGUUGUGGAGUGAAUGUGAUUCACUUGAGUUGAUCUGGGUUUGGCCCGCUCUCGCCCACCCUAAGGUUUGCACCUCCACCCUAACACUCUGAGCAGGACCUUUACAGCCUAUC